CAGCCGGGCCGGGUCAGCUGGCUCAUAUGGCUUCAUGUGAUUCUGCAGGGAGGUGUUAAUCUAAGAGGAAAGAGUUUUUCCAGCAUCCAGACUACACCAUUUGAGAGCUGACCGCCUUCUGUGGCUCAGCUGAGCUACCGGCCUGUUUUUCUUGUGGGAUAUCCGUUUCACUUGUGUGGCUCAUUCCGGAUAGCGACGCGCUGCAGUUCAGAUAAUGGGAGACACUCAGUCUGCGCAACGUGCGGGCAAGAAGGAUGCAGAGGAGGAGGAGGAGGAGAGCGCAAAAGUGAAUGAUGUUCAAACUGUGGAGGAUACUGAAGACAAGCCUCUCAAAACCAAUGGGCAGAUCUCUGAGAUAAAUGGAAAAGCAGACGGCUCUAUAGCAGCACUCAAUGGUCACUGCAAAGACGAGAUUUCUGCAGAGGACAAAGAUGUUGCAAAGACAGAAAAGUCCCCUAAAGAAGAAAAAACUCCAGUGGAAAGUGUUGACAUCAAUGCAAAAACAUCACCAGAUGAAGCUGAUGCAAAUGAAGUUGAAAAAGUAGAAAUUAUCGAAAUGGAAGAAAAGCAGAAUGACAUCAAUGAAAGUUUUAGAAAUUUUUUCAGCAACAUUGGUUUGAAAUUGACAGUUAAAAAAGGCUCUGGUGAAAAGGCUGAAACAGAUGUGCCUGAGGAAGUACCAAACAUACCAGAGGAGAUCAAAGAUAAUGCACAAGAGGUCAAAAGUGAAAAUGAGGAACAGAGUGUGGAUCUAAACACAGCACAGGAAGCAAAUGAAUAUGAUUCAACAACAUGUCCCAGUCUGACAGAUGGUAUAUCAGAGAAUAUUCCAGAAAAUGCAGACAUAAAGGAAACAGAAACCAAAGAGGAAGCUGAGCAUGAUAAUGAUGAUGCAAGAACAACUUCACCUGCUGUAAAUGAAGAUGGACACCAGGAUACUACACAGGAACUGCAUCCAGCAUCCCCAAUGAUUACUGAAGAAAAGGUGGCUGAAUCUCCAUUAAAAAGGUUUUUUACCACAGGAAUCUUUUCUAGUCUACGGAAGAAAAAGAAACUUGCAGAAGAUGAGGUAACCGAGAAGGAACUGGUGGAUAUGGGGGAAAACGAGAUUGCUGAAAUAGCAGAGCAAGCAGUGGAAGAACAGGAUAAGGAGGAGAUUACUCUUGAUACUGAGGCAGCUACAACUGAGAAAGGACUUGGAGAAGUUAAGAUCGUGCCUGCAGUAACCACUCAGGAUAAUGUUAAACCACCUUCCAUGGAGAGAUCAGAUGGUGAGGGUGAAAUGCUAAACUCUCAAGAAAAAGAAAAAGUUCAGGCGAGUCCCCUGAAGAAGCUAAUGUCAGGCUCUAGUUUCAGGAGUCUUUCCAAAAAACAGAAAGCAAAGAAAUCAAGUGACACAAAGAUCACUGACUCUCAAGAACAAGUCUCUGAUCAGCUGCUGUCUUCAACAGAGUCGGCUGAAAAUCAGAAAGACGAAAGUCCUGCACAACCCUCUGCACCGGCAGCAGAAGAAGAGGACAGUGCAUGGGCAGCCUUCAAAAAACUUCUGACUCCAAAAAAACGUAACAAGACGCCUUCGUUGAGCAAUGAACAGGCACAAAUCUCAGGUUCAGUAGAUGAGGCAAAACCAAGUGAAGGUGAGCAAAUAUCAGAUCACAGCACAGAAGAAGGAAAAAAAAGGAAAGACUCAUCUGUGUCAUGGGAAGCUGUUUUGUGUGGAUCUGGAAGGAGAAAAAGCCGAAAAUCAUCAGACUCAGAAGAAGAAACAUCCCAAAAUAGCAAGCAAGACAGUGGACUUAAACAAGGUGCAGAAUCACCACUAGAAAGAUCUAAUGAGGCCCAAGAAAUAAAAGAAGGAAGUCCUCCAGAGAGUGAUGGGGAGUCAACAUGGAAAUCAUUUAAAAAACUUGUCACCCCCAAAACAAAAGCCAAGGAUCUGGAUGAAAGCAAAGAUAUCAUUCCUUCUGACAAUGAAGUUACUCAAGCUGAGUCCACGUUUUCUAUUAAGAAUCUCCUACCUGGAAGAAAAAAGAGAAAGCCUGCUGAAACGCUAGAACAAGUAUCUUUAGAUGAAGCCGACAAGGAAGCUUCAGAUGAUGAAGACUCUGAGACUCCAGCUGUGAUUCCACUGUCAGAGUUUGCAGAUGAAAUGGGAGAAACCAAAGCAGAUGUAGAAAGUUACAUACCAGAAGUAACAGACAAUGAAGUCCAUCUGGACUCCACUCCACCUUGUGAUAGUCUUCCACUCGAAACACAAACGUCCCAAGACAACGAGGAAGCCUUAGAAAAUGAGGUUCCUAAAACACUGGCUACACCUGCUCCAGUUGAAGAACCAGAUGACCUUACAGAAUCAAUCAGUAAACACCAACAACUCAGUGAUAUUCCAGAGGAGGGAGUACUUACGGAGACGAUGGCCACUCCGGCUUCAGGCAUUGAGGAAGCAGCAAGAGAUGACACUAUAGCAGAGGACCUGGUCGAGAUCACAUCUGAAGCCAUAACAGCUCCAGAGCCUGUUGAUAUUACUGUGACAGAUGAAACUGAGAUGAUCUCUGCGGUUUCCCAGUUAUCAGACUCUUCAAAAACAUCUGGUAACGCAACACCUGUCCCAGUUGAAUACAGUGUCAACAACAUAGAGUUGUUGCUAGAACAAGUUGCUGAAACCAUCUCUGUAAGCACGCAUGUAGUCCCAGUGACUUUAGAGCAGCCAAGUUCAGAAAGAAUAGUUAGUUCUGUCUCGCCUCAAUUACUUGAAACAUUUGAAAAAGAACAGCCGAAAAUCCUGGAAAUACACAAAGGAUCAGAUGAAACAGUGGUAAACGCAGAGCUAAAUGCUGAACCAAUUGAUGCAAUUAAUGAACUUGAGGCAACAGCCCAAACAGAGAGCAUACCUGAUGUUAACAAAGCUGUUUCAACAGAGAUUGUAUCUGAGAUUGUAUCUGAGGAGACUGACAAUGCAGAAGUCACUGAAGAUGAAGUUCAUGAGGUCAGUGUUACACAGAUGCAAGAAAGCAUUAAAGAAUUAGAAGUUACUGAUGACAGCCAACAUGUGCUAGAAUGCAUUUCUGAAGAAAAGGAAGAGUUACCUCAGGAGACAUUACCUGAAGGUGAUGAAGUUGCCCCAGAUAAAGGUUCUCUAGUUGUGGCAGAUCAAGUAGAAGAAGAUACCUCAAAAACUGAGACUCAAGAAGCAGAGUCAGCUCUUUUUGAGGCUGAUGAAACUAAAGAUGGAAGCAUCAAGCAGGAAGCCCAAAGUUCGUGCUCCACGGGGGAUCAGAUCAAUCAAAAUAUUACUGAGCAAAGUCAAAUUGAAGCUGAACCUUCUCUGGUGGUGGAUGAGUUAGAAGCACUGGCAAAUGUAGAAAAAGAUGUAAAAGCUUCAGAAGAGGAUACUAUUCAGUCACUUGAAGAGGAAGCACUAUCGUUAGAGGACAUACCACCAAGAGAAAUAGUUACAGACGAUUCCAAGCAGACAGAGCAUCUUGCUGAAGUGACUGUUGAGCCAGAAGACAGACAAACACAGGCUGAAGCUCCUAAAACAGAUGAUCACGAAGUGAAAGAUGUAGUGGAAGUUGAGCAAAAAGCCACAGCAACUGCAGAAGAGGAUAAAGUUCAAUCACCUGAAGAAGAAGCACCGUCCUCAGAAGAUGUUCCACCAGCAGAAAGCAUAGAUGAAUUCAAACCAAUAGGAGAGCAUCUCACUGAAGAUGAAGUUUCCAUUGAGCCAGAAACUAAAGAGACACAGUCUGAAGUUUCUGAAGUUACAGAAGUGCCAGAAGGUAUUCAAGCCACAACAUUACAAUCAGAAGAGGAUAGGAUUCAAGAAGAAAUACAAAGCUCACAGGACAUUCAGUCUGCUGAACCAGUAACAGAUGAAUCCAAACAUACAGGGGAGCAUCUCACUGAAGUGACCGAUGAGCCAGAAACUAAAGAGCCACAGUCUGAAGUUUCUGAAGUUACAGAGGUGCCAGAAGGUAUUCAAGCCACAACAUUACAAUCAGAAGAGGAUAGGAUUCAAGAGGAAAUACAACCCUCGCAGGACAUUCAGGCUGCUGAACCAGUAACAGAUGAAUCCAAACAGACAUCAGAGCAUCUCAGUCAAGGUGAAGUUUCUAAUGAGCCAGAAAUUAAAGAGCCACAGCCUGAGGUUUCCAAAGUUACAGAGGUGUCAGAAGGUGUUCAAGCCACAACAUUGGAAUCAAAAGAGGACAACUUUCAAGAGGAAAUACAACCCUCACAGGACAUUCAGUCUGCUGAACCAGUAAUAUAUGAAUACAAAUAUACAGGAGAGCAUCUCACUGAAGGUGAAGUUUCUAAUGAGCCAGAAAUUAAAGAGCCACAGCCUGAAGUUUCCGAAGUUACAGAGGUGUCAGAAGGUGUUCAAGCCACAACACUGGAAUCAGAAGAGGACGGUGUUCAAACAGAAAUACAACCUUCAGAGGGCAUUCGGUCUGCUGAACCAGUAACAGAUGAAUCUAAAGAGUUAGCAGAGAAUCUCAUUGAAGUGACAGAUGAGAUUAAAAAAAAAGAGCCACAGCCCGAAGUUUCUGAAGUUCCAGAGGUACCAAAAGUUCUUCAAGCAACAUCACUGCAUUCAGAAGAAGAUAGUGUUCAAACAGAAAUACAACCUUCAGAGGACAUUCGGUCUGCUGAACCAGUAACAGAUGAAUACAAACAGACAACACAACAUCCCACUGAAGUGACCGAUGAGAUUCAAAACAAAGAAUCACUGCCUGAAGUUCCAGAAAAAGUAGAAGCUGUACAAGUAGUCACAUUAGAUUUAGAAGAGGGGAGUGGUGAGUCAUGGGACAAAGAAGUAAUAUCAGAGGAUGUUCCACCUGCAGAAAAAGAUCAGCCCCAAGAGGCCAAAAUGGUACCAAUCACUGAAGAUAAAGGUGAAGCACUAGAUGAUUCCAUAACCAAGGCAGUGUUACAAGUGGUACAAGCUGUCACAUUAGAUUCAGAGGAAGGCCAGCCUCAAGGAAUUGAAGAUGAGGUGAUAUCCAAGGAUAUGGGGGCAAUGGAAACAGUUACAGGUGAACCCAAGCAGAAAGCAGUUGACCUAAUGGAACCAGAAGCAUCACUGCCUGAUGCAGAAGACAAUGUUUCUGCAACUGACCGUGAAGCAUUCAAGUCUGCAAAUGCAGUUGCAUCAAGUGUUCAGGUGUUUAGCACUCAAGAGCUUGAAACUGAAACAUUGCUAGAAGAUGUUCCAAAACCAGACACUGACAGCAUUACAGAUGAAACUGAGAAAAAGCAACCAGACCAGGAUUUAGAAAUAAACAAAGAUCAGGUAACCGAAAGCAUUCCACAAAAUGAUCAAGCUGAACACGAAGACAGAAAAGCUGAAGCUGUGGAUGAAACAGUAACAGCUGCUUAUGUGCCUUCUGUGGAAGAAGAAGAAAAAGAAGCAAGUAAUGAUCAGGUCCAUGAAGAGACUUGUGUUGACAGUGCUGAAGCUUCAGAAGAACCCAAAUAUGAUGAGGAUGUUAGUACAGCCCAAGUAAGUGUUGAGGGGGAAAAAGCUGAUGAACUUCAAGGCACCAAGGUAAUCACUGCUGCCACUGAGCAUGCUGUAGUGAUGCAAGUAAUAACAUGUAAUCUAAAAGAUGUUUCAGCAGUAAUACCUGAUGUUUUGAUUGAGGAAACAACUGAGAUUCGAGAACACCUGAUAGAAAGAAAAGCAAGUGAGAUGGAGGUAAAGGACACUUUUGAGACUACAACACCAUUAGAGAAGAACAAUGUCAUUAACACAGCAGAAGAAGGCAGUGUGGUUGUUAUGAUGCAUGUUCCAUCACAAGAGUUUGACAACAAUCACAGAUUCCAAGUGCAAGUGGUGGAUGUUGAUAUCAAUUCAGCAGAGAAUAUCGUCAACACAAUGAUUGAGGUAGGGGUUACAGAAGCCAAAGAAGUUAUUGAUGUUUGUCAUGAAACUCUUGAAAAAGUAGAAAAUCUAUCUGCCUCUACUGCAAUCGAAGAGGAAGUGAAUAACGAGGAAAACAAUCUAACUGUUCAAGAAGUUAUUCAACAUGUAAAGGAGAAUUUACCAGAGCCCACUCCUGAAUCUGUGCCAGAUGAGUUGGAACAAGAAGUUAUAAAACAACCAGAUGUUAGCGAGACAGUUCAAAGUGCAUCAAGUGAACCAGAGGAUGAAAAAAUGAUGAAGGACAGUUCUGGGGAGCUCAUGGAAGAAGAGGAUGAAGGACAUGGGAUCCCAGCUGAGCAGAAAGAGUCUGAGGAUCAAUUGAAAACUUCUGAUUUAGGUUUAGAUAUCUCUACCCAUGAUCACAAAGAGGAUCUGGAAGAAACUAAAGCUGAGCAGCAAAAAUCAGAGGUAUGUGUGACAGCGGAGGAUGCAACAGCACUAUCUGAAGAAUUAGCUAAGAAGAAAGAUGGCGAUACCACCACAGAAGCACAAAGACCACAAAGUACACAAAGCCAGAUUGUUACACCAAAUAACACAGGAUUAGUAGCCCCCCAGAACACAGGUAUGAUCUCGUCAAUAGGUAAUGUAGAAUCUCCUUCAAGCCUGUCUUUAGAAUUCAAACUUAAUAUACAGUUUGGGCAGCUAAAGGCACCAGCAUCCCCACCACCUCCUGCAGAACCUGUGAAACAGCUUAAUGUGUCCGAAGUUGCUGUUCAGGCAGUAGAAGCAGUGGAACCUACAAACCUGAUAAAUGCAAUGCAAAGAGUUGAGAGCGAGAAACAAAUGGAGCUAAUGGAAGUCGCUGUUCAGACAACAGAAAUCACUGAAUCAGAAGCUGUGGUCUCCCAUCCGCCUAAACUUCAGGAUGCUGCUGUCCAAGAAAUGGAAACAACACAACCAGCAGAACAAGCUGAAUCAAAGGAACCAAUAAUCUCCAAAAUCCAGGCAGCAGAAACCACCAAACCGCUGAAGCAAAUCACAGAGCCAGCAGAAAAAUUAGAUUUAACUGAAAGAUCCAUGAUAUCAAAACAGCCAGUGCUAGAGGCUGUUAGCAUCCAGACAAUAGAAACAAUAGAACCAGUGGAACAAAUUCAGUCAAAGCAAUCGAUAAUUCCAGACAUUCAGGCCACACAAACUACAGAACCUGUGAUGCAAAAAGAGAAACGAGGACUGUUGAUCAGUCAUCCUGCAGUCUUCAAGGCUCGUAGCAAAGAAAAAACAGCAGAGGAGCCCAUUAAACAAAUAGAGGAGGAAAAUGAUGACGUGUGGCUGGAUGCUGAGGAAGACAUUUACACUCAAGAGGAAAAGGGGGCAUCCCACAUCCAAGUGGAAGAACCCACGGAGCCUCAAGCGGGAAGUGCACAUGAGGAAAAAGAAGAUCCUGAAUCUGAGUUUGAAAUGGCACCUGAUACCAAGAGUGAGGACGAGGAAAGUCACCAGAGAGUGCACGAAACAGGAGGAACAGGUGAAAUUGAGAGUGAAGGUGAAGAUUUUGCUGUUGCCCUGGAGUACCCAGUAAUCACGACAUGUGUCACUCAGGCAGAAUGGGAUUAACCUAACCCAGCUCAAGUGUUACUGAGUGGUCGGACAAUCAAAAAGUAAAAGGAAGAAAGCUUCAUAAAGCCAUCAAAGCCUUUUAUUUCACAUUAUGUUGCACCAAAAUAUUCUGAUAUUUAUUAGCGAAACUAGCCUUAAUUGCUAAGAUUAUUUUAAUAUUAUACAGUAUAUGACUUAAGAGAGUGUUUUGGAAAGUGUGCAUUGAAAAAAAAGGUUAAUCUUCUCAGGGGGCAUGAAUUGUGAUUUUUGAAUGGUUUUAGAAGUGUGACGAUGAGCUACUUUUACCACGCAGGGGCCUCAGUAAAUUUAACUACCUGUUUGUCAUGUAAUGCAACUUCAUUGCUAAUUAUGUCAGGUCUCUCCACUCAUAAUUCAUACAUUUUUAUGCCUAAGUUUUUGAAUGGAAUGUAUAUGUCAGUAAGUCAAUAAGAAUAUCAUAAUAUAUUUGUUGAAUCUUUUCACCUUUUAUGGUAAAAAGCUUAAAAAAUGUUCAGGUGUUAUUCACAGACCACAUUAAAUCAUGAUGUAUGUUACAGCACAUAGAAACACCUUUUUAUAAAAAUUAGCAAAAUGUAGAUAUUUAACAGCUUCCACAACACGUAGUUUUUGCAAUCAGUAUUUCACUUAUAUACAUGUUGCCACAUGAUUUAAAAAGUCAGACCUGAACAUACUGAGGAGAUAUAUAUAUAUAUACAUAUAUUAUUAUUAUUAUUAUACGUGAUCUUGUACAUAAUGAAUAUUUUAGUGAUUAGAAUUUUUACUGUGAGCAGUUUGAAAAUAAGAGCAUGGUGAGAGCAUGGCAUGAAGCAAGGUGUGACAGUGUUUCAUUUAAAGCUCAACUUAAUCAAAUACGCAGUUAAUCUAAUUUUAAUCAGCAGUGCCUUAAGCAAUCAUGUUUACUCAAACUUUUUUGUUCUCCUGUUCUUUAACAGGCUGUUUCUACCACUGCAAAAUAAUAAAAAGUGGAAAUUUUGAUUAUCUCAAAAUUUCAAGUUAAGCUGAGAAUUUGAGAUACUAACCCUAAAUUUAGACUUAGAGACAGGAAAAAAUAAAUCUAAGUGCCAGAAACAAGCCUCCUCACUAAGCUUGAUGCCUGAGGCUCAAUAAUCAAACUGCGACAGAGUGAGAGAAAUAAGCUUGUGAAAGGGUAUUUAUGUUAGCUGUAUGCUUUUAUUUUGAAAUCUUAUUUCCAUUACUGUCUGUUAUGGACAAUCCUUGCUUGUCUGAUGUCACUAAUAUUGAUUUAUGUGUAUUUAUAUAUUUUCUGAUAUAUUUACCAGUGUUUAAUUAAUAAAAAACUAUUUUAUUUGAAUAAAUUAAUACAUAUAAAUUCAAAGUACUUCAGUAAUUAUUUGUUUACUGCAAAAGAAAAGAAAUCUGUUAAUAAUGUUUAACAUCCAAACACUGAAGCUGAGAAAUAUUGAACAUAAAUACUUUAUUCCCCAUCUUUUAUAACAGAGUUACAGUUGGUGUUUGGGACUCAGUAAAUCUGGGUGCAUUUCUACAUCUUUUUUUCCCCCCUUUCUUUUUUAAAUCAGCUGCAAGAUCAGUGUCAAGAUGUGGGAGUCCCUGCCUUCCCAUGCAAAUAAGACCUUUUAAAAAUGUAUCUUUGAGACUGACAAGAAAACAUAGACGCUUUCA